CAUUUAUAAUCUCGUGAAUCGAUGAUUAUUUUUUAAACCGAUAAUUAAACGUAAAUAGUUACAUGUCGCGCCAUCGUAAACUCAAUGAUGCAGUUAUAUACAUAGAUAUAUUAGCUUUCAUACAGGUUUAAUAUCGCUCAUUAAAUUAACAAAGCUUUGAACGCCAACGUAUCGACCCACACCAGUGAUGCCAAUUAACCUUGAUUUUGAAAUGCAUAAAAAUACUUUACCACGAGUUUGACCGACAAAAGGAAAAAAGAAAAGAAUAAAAAAGUACAAAAAUCGAUUUCGAUUCUAUACGCUGAAACGUAAAAAAUUUCCAAAUUAAUUACAAAAAAUAAUAAAUUCUUGUCAAAAGUAUACACGUGAACCCUUUUCAUUAGCAUGAAAUGGAAAAAAAAAUCGUUCUAGAGAAUAAUAAUAGUGGUAGUAGUAGUAGUUCGUAUAUAUUGAACGCGAGCGCGUGGUUAGAUACGAAGCAUGAAUUACAGCUGAUCGUCAGAUGAUCGACAGUGCUGGCAACAUAAGAAAAUAAAAAAUCAGCCAUCGUUGACUCUCUUUUUCUCUCUCUUUUUCAUUGUUUGAACGUUAUAAUUCGUACGUAUUUGAUUGAUUCUUAAUAAAGUAACUUGGUCUAACGGAUCUUUUCGAUUCGGGCGUGAGGUGUUAUUAAUAAUGGAAAAAGUUCGAGUGACGAUCAUUGACGAAGAAAAAUUGUGUAGAUAUGUUUUGUUAAAAAUGAAUUCAUAGAAAGAACAACGAACGCGCGUGUGCAUAAAGGAAAGAAAGAAUGAGACAGAGGGUAUACAGCAUAAGGAAGAAAGAAAGAACGACACACAUAUCGUCGAUAUACUUAUUCUCGAUGAAGGAAAUUUAAAAAGUAUCAUCAUUGGUUCAACCCCAUUCUCACCGUGGGUCGAGAGAGCGAAUAAGAGAGAGAGAAGGAGAACGAUCGAAGGGAGUAUUGAAAGGAUACGGUUCAUCGGAGAGACAGUUCUGACAAAGGACGAAAGACGAAUUCGUGUGUACGUCGAUAGUCUCGAGAACGGCCAUGGGGCCCGACAGGAUCAUUUGACCCCUGGAAACGACUCCAAGCUCGGUUGAUUGUCUUGCUGCCUCGCGCGAUACUUCGAUUCGGAAUGCACUGCUUAGGUGCGGUGACAGGGAGCACUUCCAGCCCAAAUGGGGUUGGUAGUCGAGGUGGUAUACUUAGUAUGUUCCGAGCUCUUGGAGUCCUUGUUUGCGAAGGGAGAAUUCAGGGUCCUCCUCGUGGGUACAAAGAGGGCCCGCAUUGUGCACCGCCUAUGCAACCUUUCCCUAACAACCACGUUUGCGAAGAGGACAAUUAUUUGUGCGACCGGUACCUUAUCCUAGUUCGAGAACUCGCUGAUCGGACCGUGAUCGGAUCUUUCCUAUGCGUUGAAGUACUACUCUGCAGUAAUUGUCAAUGUGGCUUAGCAAAAGCCACCAGUAAGCACCCAAUAUGCUCUGUACCGUCCUUAUCCAUCUCACCAUGGCAACAAACUUCCGAGCUUUUGUUGGAGUAUUGGUGCAUCUGCGUUAUACCAAGCAAUCAAAUGAUUAUUCAUUUGAAUACGACAAACGAUGACGAUACAACGUUCUGCAGGAGCCCGGAAACGAUGAAUUUCCAAGGACUUUAUCAAGCAGUUCGCUCUAGAUUACAUUUUAGCCAAGUUGCCGCCUGGUGGUCCAGGAGUAACGGAAUAGAACCGAAUUACGUGGCAACCAGGGUCGUACCGCACAACGAGGAUAAUCUAAGGAAAUUUAAUGAUUCGCCGGUUGAACAUACCUUUCCACUUGCCGGUAACGGCGAUGGAAGUUCCAUCAAGGUCACCGUCUGGGCAUUGCCACGGAUGGAAGAGGUGCCAAUACUUAGCUGUCCGUUACAUCCGAUCAAGGAAAAAGAUGAGGAGACAAAUGUUGCUAGGGCUCUGACUCCAACCAAAACGAUUCCCGUCUCGGUAUCGAGCAACUCUUCGCAAAAUACUGACAAUCUCGUCAUGCCGGUACUGCUGGAUGAUAGGCUUCAAACACCGUGCAACAAGCCAGGAAAACAUCAUUGUCGUUGCGAAGAGGAAGACGUUUCACCACCUUCCCCAUCGAUUGCUAGGCCUAUUGGCGAAAGAAAACGUCGUAGAUCCCUUCCUUGUGGUCCACCUGAUAUCAAUUCCUGCGUAACGUUACAGGCUAUGCCACUGCCAGCUGUUCGUGAAUUAAUUGUUAGAGAACAGCAAAGGGAUAACGAUCUGUCCGUUACUAAUUCGAGCUCGAGUUAUCCAAGAUCAUCAUCGGAAAUAUUAAAUAAUCGUGGAGUUUCGGCUAUAAAGUUUACAAACGGACAUCAUCAUAAUCGUUUUGAAGAUAACACCCUUAAGAGUCGCAAUAAUCUUAAUUCCGACAAUCUCGAGCGUUGCUUUAAAGCACAGUUGAGUAUAGAAGAACGAGAUGGUAACAUUGAGAAACGUUACAAGCGUACACUCGACAAUAAUGAACGCAUGAACGGUGCCGAAGCGAAAUCGUGCGAGCUAGUUACCGAAGAGAAAACACAACGUUCGGAGAAAGGAUGUGGCGUUGAUGGAAGUGGUGAUGGUGGAAAUGAUGGUGGUGAUGGUAGUGAUGGUACCAGCGGUAGCUUUCGUAAGAACAUCAAUUGCGCUAGUACAUUGGCUGAAAAUAAAUCGAUGGAAAAGAACGGUUUCUUCGAUAAUCUCAUACCAUUUAAUUCUUCCUUACCGUGGUCAUUCGUAGAAUCUUGGAACAAUAGCGGUGCCAAUGGGAAAUGCGGCUUUCAAAGUUUACGAGGACCAAAGGAAGGACGUUUCAAUGGAUCAUCCUCCUCGUCAAGGAUGUAUUCCGUUCCUACACCACCUGUGAUAGAUCCCUUCAAACGAGCUAAUCCUUUUCACGAAUCCAAUCCAGGACCGUCGACGUUAGAAAACUCCUAUUUGAAACCUAAACACGAUAUCUUUGAAUCACCUUGUACGGUACACCAAACUCGACCGAAAUCAUCGAUAAACGGCUUUGAAUAUGGCGAUGGUAAGGAAACUUCUUUUAGAAUCGAUGAUAAUCCUAAAAAUCGUGGAAAACCUAAUAAAGAUUUAAAUCAGAUGAUGUCAAAAUUAUCUUUUCCCGAAGGACAACAAUGCGAUAAGGAUAAACCCAGAGAGGAAGGUGGUAUAUUGGAUUGGUUUAGCAGAGUACCAAGUCGUGUUCUAGGUGUCUCGCCCAACAACAGUUACGUUGAAAAUGGUAAAGCCAAAGACCCGAAUUUGAAAUCACAGGAUCAGUAUGACAACGAGGUCAAGUUUAAAAACUGCAAUUUGGAACUGAGCCAGCGCGAAUUCGACGAGGUUUUGGCCGUAUUAAGAGCCAGAACACCAUCCGGACGUAAAAGGACUCCUUUGAAAACUAUUAAAAGACGCGAUAGAUAUGAAAAAUUUGUAGAAGAUAGCUCGUUUGAAAAACCUACAGUUAAAUUUCCCACUAAUAUGGAUUCGAACGAAUAUCUCGUUGUCAACCACGUUGAUACACGGACUAAACCUUGCGAAAAUUGCAAUCAUGGAUAUUGCAAGAAAAAUGAGUAUCGAUUGGCUGAUAAAAACGUCACGUUAGAUCGUGUUUAUGGCAAUAAGAAUAUAUAUAAUCCAAUCCACGAGAGGAAAGACAAACUUGGUAAUUAUGUCAACGAUGAAUCGAAAAGCGAUAAAUCUUGCGUAACUGACAAACGUGUCAGUGAUAAUACGGUCGAUUGUUUGCAAAGUGUAUCGAACAAGGCAGAUGUAUUAUUGGGGGCCAUAUUGCGAACUAGCAGAGAUCGGAAAGGGUUAACGGAUAUAUGUAACGGGACCAGAUCUCAAAGUGCCGUGGUAAAUUCAAAAGUUGAUAAUGAAACUAAUUCACGGUUUGAACAGCCAAAUUCGAUCGAAAAACUUGAAUAUGAUUCGAGAAUUACAUCUAGCGAAGACGAUAAGUCAUUACCAUUGGCAUUGAACAAAAAAUUCAAUCGUUUUCGUCAGCUAUUUAAAAAAGAACAAGAAAAGAAAGUAUGCACUGCGACGGAAGAUCAUUUUCAGCAACAAUACUUGCGAAAUUCUUCGCAACGUUUGAAUAGUUUAAAUUUAAAUUUAUCUUGCAAUAAUGCCCAAACCGGUAAAUCGGUGGAUAAUACGACAUGUAAUUUGAGAGAGGUCAAGGUUAAGAGAAAGAUAGAUUUUUCGAAUUUUCACGAUGAGACAGAAAGAAAGAACGAUGAACGAUCGGCGGAACCGUCGUCUUUAGAUUCUAGUACAAAUGGCGCACAUCAAAACUCAAGGAUUCAUAGUACAAAUUACACGGAAGAUCAUUGUACAAACGUGAAUAGACUGUACAGUACAAAUCAAACUACCGUGAAUGAUAAAGAUGAAUGCGAAGAUCAAACUAAUCGAGAUAAUAAAACACAUAAUAAAGAUCCUGUUUCAUCCGCGGUUAAAAAUAUCAGCAGCUUAACACCAAUCUCGUCGUUGCAAAGCAAUUUCUCGUCUUCCAAAAUACGAACUAACAAUCAGAAAGCUGUUGGUUUAAGUAGCAAUAUCGAGGAGGAUGAGAAUAUUGACAAAGCGGUUCCUUCAGCAAUCGAACAAGAGAGGUUUCGAAGGUCUUUAGAGAAUGCAGCGUCGAUGGUAUUCCAUAGUAGAACUGGAUUACCUUUAACCUCAAGUCCCGCGCCAUUGAGAAGAGGUAGCUGCUGUUUCGACUACGACAGUAGCUUAAAUUCCGUUUCUUCGAAAAGAAGUGCGCUGUUUGAACUUAACACGCCACCAAGUCCAGGUGCGGUUUCGUUGGAGGAAACUGAUCGAGAAACAGAGAAUACUUGCGAAGGUGAAGAACCUCCGAGAAGACGUUCGACCUCGCGAAACAGGCCACAGAGUCAUGCCCUAUUGGGCAGUUUCGAGGAAUCAGCUUUAAACGGGAGACUCGAACCAGUAUCGACUGUUCACGGGUUCACAGCGGAACUUGGUGCGAGUGGUUCCUUCUGUCCUAAACAUCGAAAGCUUCCAGUUACUGUGUUCUUCUAUACUCUCGGAGACAAUGACAAAGUCUCUACACCGUACCUCGCUCAUAUUAAUCUAGGAAAGAAAGGUUAUCAGGUACCUAGAAGUGGUACCAUUCAAGUAACCCUACUGAAUCCAUUGGGUACAGUCGUCAAGAUGUUCGUAGUUCUGUAUGAUCUUUCCGAUAUGCCGCCACGAUCUCAUACUUUUUUACGUCAAAGAACUUUACGGGAUAAAACUUUACGCUACCUCGUACACCUUAGAUUCAUGUCUGGUAAAUCAGGAAAGAUUUAUCUACACACAGACAUACGUAUGAUCAUUUGUCGCAAAUCCGAUGUAGAUACAGCUUCGGAUUUUGGAUCAGAACCACCAAAAGAACUUAGAAGUUAUAUUCAUGGUCCUACAAAUCCAAAAUUUUCACCAAGGUGCUGAGCCUCGUGGUUCUUUCCAUGGGGUUGCUGCCGAUCGCUCCGCCCACCUAGUUCCCUUCAUGUUGAGGUUUGAUUCGUCGUAUUGUGUAUGCGAGAAGAAGAAAAAGAAAAUUUUUUUUUAUUUUUCUUUUUUUUAUAAUACACGCAACACACACACACACAAACAAAAAAGAGGGAUAAUGUAUCGAAAAAACAAAGAAAUUUAACGUUGGCACACUAAAGGGAGACGAUAA